UCCGGCUGAGGUGGCACCGGCGGCUCGGGGGGAGCGGCACCCCCGCGGGUGCGGUUCUCCCAUGGCCAAGCCGGGACACUCCUGGAGCCACGCGACAGCGGGGAAGGAGGAGGAUGAGGAGGGCGAAGACCCCCUGGAUGCCAGGAUCGCCCGGACAGGCUGCCUGGAGCAGCACCGGGAGCUGCAGGAGUGCAUGGAACAGCACCGGGAUUGGCGGCACUGCCAGACGCAGCUCCGGGCAUUCGGAGCCUGCAUGGCCCGGCGGGAACAGCGGGAACAGGGACAGAGCCGGGCACACCCUGCACAGUGAGACCACCCGGGACCCCCAGGAAUGGGGGAGCUGUGCCUUUCAUCCCCCUUUUUUUGUGUGAUUUUUUUUUUUUUUUAAUCCAAGUGCCGAGAAAUCCACGUGGGAAAUUAAAUCUGGGAAUUUAAUCGUC